AUGGCAACCAUCGACAGCACUAAGAAGAAGUAUGUGUGCGGAUUUACGGUGCACGACGCCAAAGAGCUCAGUCAGGACGAUGGCACUGCCGUGGACCCUUUGGUUGUGGUGCGAUGUCUUGGCAAGGAGUACAAGACUGCGAUGAAGUCUGGGAAGAUCCAGCACUGCAAGUUCGAAGAGUCCUACAUUUGGAACGACCUCUUCAUCACGGAGACGGAGUUUAACAUGACCUCCAUCGAGUUUGAGCUUCAGGCUGCCAACAUUUUCACGCGGAACACCGUGCUGGGCACCGGCAAGGUGCAGCUGGCCAUGGUAAGGCAAAGGCCGAAUCACACCUACGUCCGCAAGCAGAUUCAGUUGACCCUGGAGCACAAGCUGACGUCCAAGCUGGGGGUCACCGUGUUUUGCUACGGCGAGGGGGAUAAGCCUCCAGCUCCUGAUGAAGCACAGGAGAACAAGGAAGAAGUGGAAGCGCAUCUGAACGACCUGACGACAGCGGUCAUUGGCGAUGCAGGCAACAAGAACCAGUUCAAUCAAUUCUACCAUCUUUUUGUCCAAGUACACCGCGCUGAACAUCUGGGCGGCGGCGAGAAGACGUUCAAUCCCUACGUCUCCGUGGAGUUCAAUGGCCACGAGCUCAGAAGCCCAGCUGCCAGAGAUACUCACACUCUAGCAUUCGACGAGCAGUUUCGGAUUCCGGUCACAACUCCGCUCUUCCAGGACUCCAUCGUCAUUCGAGUCUGGGAUUCCGCUAAGUGGAUGAGAGACGAGAUCAUCGUGCAAGGAAGGCUGUCCUUCUCGCUCUUGCGAAUGCACGCCUUGUCGCCCAAGUGGUUCAACUUUUAUGGCUUCAAAAGCGAAGAGGUUCCAGAUGUGCAAGCCAUCACCAGCGCUGGAGAAAUUGCGGAGGAGAACGCCUAUUUGGGGCGCCUUCUCAUCAGUGCCCGGGUGAACAAGGUGGAGUCCAUGGCAGCGUUGCAGCUUCCAGCAGUCAUCAGGGGCGGGCCCUGCGAAGAGCCGCCCUCCAAAGUGGAGAACUUCCUGAUAGACCUCUUCGAGGUGUCCGGCGUGGCCGGCAGCGAGGUGAUGGUCGAGAUGUCGGUGGGCACGAAGAGCAAGAAGACGAAGACGGCGCUGCGGUCCAAGGAGUCGGAUGAGGACCCCACCACACCCGGCCGCUUCCUUUUUCAAGGCGAUAAGGGGAGGAUGACGCCCUUGGUGAGCGUGAUCCCGACCAACGCCUCAGAGCAGCUGGAUGUGAUCCUGUCCUUGUUCUCGCGGACCACCGGCUAUGUCACCAAUGCAGAGUGGCAGCGCGUGGGCUUCGCCCGCCUGAAGGUGGUCGAGAUUAGGGACUGGGACGGGGACACGCAGACGCCGCUGUGGUGUGCCAUGAGCAACAUGGCUCACCUCCCCAGCUCGGUGGAGCCAGGCGCUCUGCUGUGUUCUUUGGCGAAGUCAAGUGACACAGUGCUACAGCGGGGGGUGCCCAACUGCAAGCCCGUGAAGUUCAAUCUUCGCUGCUACCUCUCCAUGGCGCGGAACCUGCAGUGCGAGGGCUCGCAGGUGCCCAGCGCCUUCUGCGAGGUCAGCUGCGCGGGCCAGCGCCAGCGCACGAAGGUGGUGCCGCAGACCUCCUCCCCGAGUUGGGCGGAUAUGCUGGAGCUCGACAUCAGUUUGCAGUGCUCGCUGCAGAACAUGCGGUGUUAUCCGGAGCCAAUACAGCUCACAGUUUACGACGUGGUGGGCAAGAGUUUGCUGGACAAAGUGGCGGAUGCCGCGGACACUGCCAAGCAGUUGGCCGCGGGCGCGAUGGCCGGCGAUAUCUCCAUCAAAGACAAGCUGGAGUUCAACGAUGAAGCUGGCUUGUCAUCAGACAUCGACGUCGCCAAGAUGGGCGAGGAGUAUGCCGCCUAUAUGAAAGACCAGGCCAUGGCCAACAUGUUGGGCGACGUCAUGGCGGCCAAGCGCUUGGGGGAGGUGAAGGGUGGCCGGCGGGUGAUUGGCCGCCAGAAGAUCCACUUCCGACGACUGCUGCACCCCUUGGGCAGCAACAAGAUGCGCCAGCGGUGGCUGAAGCUGCGGGGCGGGGUCAUGGCUACUGGCUGGGCAGGCGACAUCAUGAUUGGCCUUGAGAUGAUGCGCGUGAAGUACGUCAAGGAUUUCCCACCACGGGACCUGAAGCCGCCGGGGAAGCCGUGUCUGGUGUCCGUGGCCGUGAUCGGCCUGAGGAACCUCAACACCGAGCAGAGAUCCAGCUGA